AUGAAGAUGAAUAAAAAGAGAAAAUUUUCCAGUUAUACUGACAUAAGAAACAUAGUUUUCUUUGAAGUCUCCAUUGGAAUCACAGCCAACACUGUCCUGCUUCUGUUCCACAGCCUCACAUUUCUCCUCAGGCACAGGCCCAAGCCCCUGGACCUGACUAUCGCUCAGUUGGCCCUGAUCCACCUGGUGAUGCUGGUAACUGUGGGCUUCAUAGCUACAGACACUUUUGGGUUUGAGGGUUGGGGCAGCGAUCUCAUGUGUAAAUCAGUUAUCUAUGUGAACAGGUUGAUGAGGGCCCUCUCCAUGUGUACCACCUGCCUCCUGAGCGUCCUCCAGGCCAUCAUGCUCAGUCCCAGAAAUUCUUGUUUGGCAAAAUUCAAACAUAAAUCCACACAUUACUACCCAUGUGGCCUUGUCUUUCUAUGGAUCUUCAAUAUGCUCCUGAGUGGUCGCUACUUAUUCUCUGUGGGUGCCACCUCCAAUGUGACCUCUCACAGUUCUGUGUAUGUCACUGAAUCCUGCUCUCAGUGGCCUAUUAGUUAUUCAUUCAGGUACAUAUUUUUGUCACUGGUGAAUAUUCAGGAUAUCUCCUUCAUAGGGCUGAUGGCUCUCUCAAGUGGAUACAUGGUAAGUCUCUUAUGCAGGCAUAAGAGGCAGUUCCAGUACCUUCACAGCACCAUCUUUUCUCCAAAAUCAUCCCCAGAAGAAAGGGCCACUAGGACUAUUCUGCUGCUCAUGAGUUUCUUUAUGCUCAUGUACUUUUUAGACUGUGUUAUUUUCUUAUCCUCUGGAAUAGUGUGGGAAAAUAGUCCAAUUCAUCAUUGUGUCCAGAUGCUUGUGGGCAGUGGGUAUGCCACAAUCUGUCCUUUUGUGCUAAUGAGCACUGAAAAACGAAUGAUCAGGUGCUGA